AUGCAACAAUAUCCACUUACCUCCUCUACUCAUUCAGGCUCUUCAACUGUAGGCCCUUCAACUGUCCCACAGUUUGUAGUGAUCUACGAUCAAAUGCAACAGUCAUGGAAGCACCCAGUGGUACAUUAUGUUUUUGAAGAUGAACCUUUCCCUCUGAUUGCUCAAAAAGAUCGGUGCGUUCUAGUAGAUCUUAAGGAAGAUGGUGAAAGCGUAGCCGAUUGUCACUCUUUAAGCCAUACUUUUCAAGUGACUGAUUGUAAAGUCAGUCUAACUCCACAAAUGAAUGCGGCAGGACAAGGUGGCAAAGAGCCCUCAUCUGCAACAGGUCUAAUGCUAACCAUUGAAGGCAUUUCUAACAGCAAAUCGAUAAGAAGCCGAGGAAACCAAUUAGGCUUUAGAGAUGAGUUCGAUCAAUCCUCUAGUAUAUUCGGAUUGGAUGGAUUAGUGUAUGACUACAAGAGAAGGAAUGACCUAAUGAGACAAUUGUUUUCUAAAGAUACUCCAUGA